CUUAUUUCACACAAAACGUUUAGAUGAUAUGUGGCGUUUAGUAAUAUUCAGUUUGUUCAUAUUUUCGAAAGGCCUCUCGGCCCGAAAUCCAGGAAUCAGACUUCAAAUAACGCAAAAAGGGAUAGAUAUCGUCAAUACUGUGGCGGCUGAUUUAGUUUCCAAUAAUGUAAAAACAAUGAAGAUUACAACGCAAACUGGAAGUGACAUUAACGUAAACUAUGAACUGACCAAUGUUAAAAUAACAAGGUUUCAACUUGGAAAGAGUAGUAUUUCACGAUAUUCAGGAAAUAGCCUCAGAUGGACUGCAGAAGGGAUGAAUUUGGAUAUUGACGGACUAUUUCAAUAUAAAUAUAGCAGAUUUUUCGAAAAGUAUUUAGACAAAGGAAGCUUCACUGUGAAUUUUUCAACAAUGUCGUUCAAAAUUAUUAUACAAUUAGGGACUGACAGUAGCGGAAGGCCAAAUUUAAAAGCUUCUCAAUGUGUUCCUUCAAGUGGUCCAAUAAAGUAUGUUUUCCAUGGUGGAAAAGACUGGAUAAUCAAACUAUUCGCAGAAAAGGCAAUUCGUGCUAUUCACCUUCAAAUAGAGAAAAAUUUCUGCGGAAUCUUCAAAGGUCUUGUCGAGAAGAAUGCACAGAGCAUUAUUUCAAAUGUGAAAGUUCAGAUUCCGGUAGGAAAUUCGAUGAUAGUUGACUAUAGGCUUAUAUCCAGUCCAAGUGUAUCAACGAAUUAUUUGGAAGUAUACCUCAAGGGAUCGGUACUAUGGCGUUAUAGUCAAUCUGAAGCACCAUAUUCAGCGCCUUCUUUCCCAUACAACUACCAUACUACAAAAAUGGCCUAUGUAGCAGUAUCUGAUUAUGUUUUCAAUACUAUGCUUUACCAGGCGUAUAGACACAACAUGGUUGGGAUGAAUAUAACCUCAACAAACAUUGGAUUUAGAAGGAGUAUGCUGAACACCACCUGCUCAGAAAAUUGCAUUGGAAGACUAAUUCCUCAGAUUGCGAAGUCUUUCCCUAAUUGUUCAGUAGAGCUUCAUAUGCAGAGUACACAACAACCAGUAACUAACAUUGGUAGUAGUGUAAGUGUUACAGCAGAAUGGAAUAUUAGUGUGUAUGUCAGAGAACUUGACAACAGUCUUCAUUACCUGUUUAGAGUUUCAGCGGUUGGAGUAUCAAAAGUAACCCCAAGACUUAAUAAUGGGAUGAUUUAUGGGCAACUAUCAAAAACCGAAGUUCAGACAAAUAUCACAGACUCUGUAAUAGGUGCGAUUGAUGAAAAGGCAUUACAAUUUCUGGAAGAUGACAUUAUGACGCCAUAUUUAGCACCAAUGGUAUCUGCUCUAUGUAAAAGAGGAUUUCCACUACCAAUAAUGGACAACUUUCAAUUCGUACAACCUGAACUGAAACUAAAGAAGAACGCAAUCCUUAUUGAGACAAAUCUGAAGUACAUUCCUAGAAGUGGAAAAUCAACUGUCCUAAGAUUUUUGUCAAAGGAAGAUAUUUAACCGAAAACAUGUAUUCAGAAAUAAGAAGCGUAAAAAAGAAACCAUGUAAAGAUGUUUGAUAGUACUUUCUGGACUUUAAUUUGUCAGUACUCUAACACAACUGUCCCAAUUUCGGAAUGGGUAUUGUCCAGCAGCCGUGUUUAAUCACGACACACUAUGUAAGUGCAUCUCCCAUAUAAGGUGCCUGUAUUUUAGUUGGUUUUGUUUGUUAUUGUAUAUUAUAUUUUUUUGUUCGUUUAUUGCUUUUUACAUUAAUCUAGAAGUCACUUUCUCGUUUGAAUUGUGAAAUAUUUGUUAUCUGUUAGACUUUUAUAACUCAUUAUGAGUUUUAAGUUUUGCUCUCUGUUGAAUAUCGUACGGUUACUUAUAGUCUACGUAUGCUUCAUGUUUGUCUGUAGUCAUGCUAGUGAAGAGUUGUCUCGUACUUUUUUUAUAUACAGCUCUUUUUAAUCUUGUACAUUUAUUAGUUCAGUUAUUCUUUAUUUAAUUACAAAUAAAAUAUAUUUUCUAAUAUUUAUGUACAUAAAUAUCAUCAAUAUAUUUAAACUUAUAUUUGAAUA